AUGUACCGGUCGCCGCUCGCCUCCUUCGAAGUGGCCCACGAGCGCUACGGCGAGCGUGCGCCGCACAGAUCGCGGUAUGCCAGCAGCACCAAUAGGCCGCGUCCGUCUACCUUCAUACACCCGGUGUCGCCAUGCCUGUCCACAGCAACGGGCAAGCGCGGUGCGAGCUCGGCGGCGGCGACGAUGGUGCGGGCAUCGUCGGUGAACGGCAGCAGUAUCACCGGCAACUUAGCAUCGAAGCCGCGGCAAUCGUGGCAUCAGCCCAGUCUCACCAUCGCCAGUGGCGGCUGCAGUAGGGACGCGGCGCACAAGCGCCCUGCUGUCUGCAGUACGGGGACCUCCGGGCCACCCGCCACAGCAGCAGCAGCAGUACCAGCAGCAAGUCGUGUGACCAGCCCAACUUCCCCUAUCCCCUCCUCUGUUGCGGCAGCGGCACCGCGGGAGCAGCCAAACCGGAAGAAGCGCGUCGCAGCGGCGCCCGUCGCCUCGAAGAGCCCUGCAACGCACACGGCCACAACCACCACGACGAGGCGCGGCACCCUGGCCCCGGGAGUGCAUCAAGACUCCUACACGAAGCUGGAGAGCCCGGAGGACCGGAUGCCUGUGUCAGACUUUAACGACACCAGCGAGGGCGCGGACUGGACCUGUGUGGAUGUCGACCUCGGUGAUCUGCGGCAGGAGACCAUGCAGUUGGCGAAGGCGAGCGCAGGCGGCGACUGUGGGAGUAUGCCUUUCUCACCGCAAGGCAGGACGUCGCCGGCACCUGAGGACGGUAUCCCCAUGGGGCCGGCAGCCGUGGCGGAGGAUGAAGACGUGGCCAAUGCGGACAUGAACAUCUUCGUAGCGGUGCGCGUGCGUCCUCGCACCUCGUUGAUAACGGUCAAGGGAACACCAUCGACGUCUACUCUAACUGAUACGCCAUCGCGCUCUCUCUUUCCCGCGUCAUCAGCGUCGUCGUACAACGGGAAGCAGCAACCGUCAUGCGAGCUGCACAGCAGCGGCGGUAACUGGGACGAUACUUUGAGUACUCAGGCGAGCACCAUCGGCGGCGGCUCACUGCUUGCGGAGCGCCAGCCGACGACCAACAGCGCCACCAGCCACAGUGCCACCAUGCGCGGGCGGCGGUCCGCGAGCCGGCGCGCAAUCCUGAAAGCCGAGAAAGGCAAACCCGGCAUCAGCCACAGCGCGGACAAAGCGUCGAACGAAGUCUGCGUGACCGCCGACGCAAGGAACGGCUUCAUCGACUGCCCCGUUGCCGCGAACGCCUCGGGCGUCGCCAGCACGACGACGACGCCGGCGGCGAACGUUGCCGCGGCUGGGCAGCAAACCCGCACCCUUCGCUUCCGUUUCGACUACAUCCUCGACGACAGCGUGGCGCAGGCAGAUAUCAUGACGUGCAUCGGUCAGCGCGCGGUGGCGCGGGUGCUGCAGGGCUACCACAGCACCGUGAUGUGCUACGGCCAGACCGGCAGUGGCAAGACCUACACCAUUGCCGGGCCGCACGGUGGAAAGCUGUCGAGGAAGGCGUUGCGGUGGCUAGCGUCGCAGCCCACGUCAACCGAGGCGGUCGGGUGCGAUGACAACAACGUCGAUGAAGAGGAACAUGCGCGCGUCGCAUCGGAUGUCGGCCUGCUACCCCGCAUACUGAUCCAGCUGUUUCGCGGGCUGGAGGCGCGGCACGGCGCCGGCGCCACGGCUGCAACAGCAGGCGACGGCAAGCUGCAGCAGGCGUCUGCGGUGCCGACGUCAUGGUGGCAGGUUACAAUCAGUGCGCUGGAACUAUACAACGACGAUAUGCGCGACUUGCUGCCGGGCGAGCUUCCCCAGAACGAGGGAGCGACGCUUGGCACGAAGGACGUCUCUCACCCAUCCGUCGCGACGCAUGUUCACCAUCACUGUAACAGCAGCAACACCAGUGACCGCCACGACCACCGCAAGGCCACCGCGUCAGCUGUCAAGCGAGGGCGGGAUCAUUUCCCCGCCUCUCCAUCACCGGGCGCGGCGCCAAAGUGCACACGUGUGUCGCAGCGCGUCAGCUCUCGAUGCGGCAACUCCACCAUGACGCGGAACCCCCCAAGGGCGGCUGCGAGCACAACAAGUGCCACCUCCCAUGCUAGGGCCGGCACCGGCAUGGGAUCCGCCAAGACGAUGCCGAUGAAGUGGACUGCGCCGACCGCAACCCAAGCAGCACCGCAGCUGCAAAUUCGUCUAGGGGCGCCCGCAUCGUCGGCCUCGCAGAGCGCCCCACCAACAAAGCAGAAGACGGCAAGAGGUGGGUCGCCGCCUCCCCCGCGUUGGACCUCGCUCCGCCAGCCCGCGCACGACGCCGGGAGCGAAGCUGUGUACAUCGAGGGACUGCGCGAGCACCGGGUGCACGACAUUCACACAGCGAUGGAGGCGGUCCGGCUGGCGCUGAGGCAGCGGCAGACGGGCAGCACGAAGCUGAACAAGAGCAGCAGUCGCUCCCAUGCCUUCUUCUUCGUACGCGUCGACCAGCAUAAGCGACACUCACGCGACGGAGAGAAGCCCGUGUGGACCACCCGCCACUCCACACUGAGCCUUGUCGACCUCGCAGGGUCGGAGCGCGUCAGCUAUACUGGCGCGCACGGCCUGCAGCUCAAGGAGGCACGGAACAUCAACCUUUCUCUCUCUGCACUCGGAAACGUAAUGCGCCUGCUGCGCCUGGCGGCCCGCUCGUCGCUCUCCAAAAACUCGACGACCACCUCGACCAGCAGUGCGGCCGCACUGACAGGCGCCAGGGCAUGCCAGCACAUACCGUAUCGCGACAGCAAGCUCACGCGCAUCUUGCAGAACAGUCUCGGCGGCAAUGCCAUCGCAUUCCUGCUGUGCAACGUGUCACCGGACCCGUGCGAUGCGCAGGAAACGAUGUCGACGUUGCGAUUCGCGACGCUGUGCAGGGAUGUGAAGAGCAACGCGAAGCUGAACGAGAUGACAGCGGACACGGACGACGCGCAAGCUGCGGCAGAGGCAAAGGUAUGUCAGCUUGCCGUCGAAGCCUCGACCGCACAGAACCGCCUGCAGCAGCUCGCGACGUACACGUGGUGGCUGGAGAAACACCUCAGCUACUUCGCGGCCGCAAUGUUCCAGCAGCAGCAGCGGCAGCGGCUCUCCGGAGCACCGACCACCAGCGCGUCCAUGAGGACAGUCACCUCAUCAUCCUGCUCGCGUGGUGGUAGCAGCGGCGGUUGCCGUCUCGUCGUACCCGAGGAGACCGCAGCGCCGAAAGCGAUCAGCGGCACACAAACCGCCGGUGCUGGGAACGGCAGCAUUCAGAGGUGCGGCAGCCUCGAAUCGCGCGACGUCGAAAACAACGAUGGAGCCGGUCCUGGUGCAGCACCGGAGGGCUGUCGUCGCAGCGCGGCGCCUGUUGGGCCCACGUCGCCGGAGUGGUGGUAUAUUUCACCUCGGCCAUCGAGCCCAACAGCGCCGGCGGACGACAACAAGGACAGCGGCGGCGGAGCGACGGGAGCGGAGGCAUACUGGCUCAGCGCUUCGGCCCGCGCCCUCCUCUCCCCUGCCUACCCCAUUUCGCAGCGCUGCAUGGAGCUACAGCGCAAGCUGAUCGCCGCUGCGGCUGCCUCCACCAUCAAAGACUCCGCGAUGCUGUCCAUGCUCUAUCCUACGGACGCAGCAGUCGGCGAGACGGAGGCCACGGCGCGUAACCGUGUUGUCGCCGGCACCAACCCGCUAAAGGCCUCCUCAACGAAGACCAUGGCAAGCACAAGCACCAGGGACGGGGGCAUUGGCGUGCUCGUGUCUGAACCGACUGCGAUACCCGUCUCAAUGGGCGUUACCUCGGCCUCAAAGGGGACGCGUGCACCAACUCGUCAUCCUCGGCCAUCUCCACCGCACCACGCGCCCGCUCUGGAGCCCUCGCCGAGCACCACGUCGGUUCCGUCCGUGCCGCUUCUCUCCCUCGCCGCGAACCGAAAACAGCCGCGUCGUGAGUGCCCCAUGAACGCCAUCGACGCCACCCUUGCCAAGGAGCGGGCCGCGCGAGCGGCGACGCAGGCACGGCUGGCGGCGGUGGAGCAGUCGAACGUGCUGCUACGCUUGCGCCUCGCGGAGCUGCACGGAUGCAUGCGGCAGGAGGGAGGCAGCACACACGUCGCUGAGGGUCAUCAAGCGACGAAGGCGGCGAGGAGGACUGUAGAGAAGGGCGACUCUUGGGUGCCGGCAUCAUCGGUAGCCACACCAGCCCCGCUGCCUUCGUCCGCUGCGGCCAGCACAUCGCGGGCUCUGUAUCCACCGCACUACUCCUGCGCGUCUCAUGAUGCCUCCCUCAAAGUCUUCCUUGCGCGCUGUGGCUUCGUCGCGAUGGACUUGAUGGCGCCCGCUGACGCGGCGAUGUCACCACGGCGUCAGGCCUAA